AAAACAUGGAAGACGAAGCAGAGCCUAAAAAGGAAAAUGGACUUUACGACCCAAUGGCAGUAAGAUGGUCUGAAAAAUAUAGUGAUACAUUUAAUAAACUAUGGAGUUAUGUACCUAGCUCAUUUAAAAAUGUUGUUGUGACUCUGGCAGUGUUUUUAGUGGGAAUUUCAUUAAAUGGAAACUGGAUUAAUAUUUUUAUCCAUUUAAGAAAACAAUUGGGAUACACAAAUGAUAUAAAAUCUUCAAUAACUUUUAGUUUUGAUAAUUUUAUUUACACGUAUUUUAAGGGAUUUACUGUAUUUUUUGUAUUCUCCUUAAUUGUUUCUUAUUGUAUAUACCUAUUUGUUGGGGGAUUUUUACACUGGUAUUACUACGUGAGGCAGCGAGACAAGGCAGAAGAAUGGAAAAUCCAACCCACAAAAUUCCUUUCGCCUGAACUGGAAAGGCAUGAAAUUCUGCUGGGAUCUUUUACACUAUUUCUAAAUGCCACGACAUCUGCUUUACUCGCCUGUUAUAUCUCUAACGGCGGAUACAGCACUGUCUAUUACAAUUUUUCUGAAUAUGGCUGGCUCUGGUACAUUCUGCAAUGGCCCGUCGUAUUUAUUUAUAUGGAUUACGUUACAUAUUGGUUGCAUAGAAUGUACCAUUUACCAUGCCUUUACAAAAGAUUCCACAAACUCCAUCAUAAAUAUAAGCAACCAACUGCUUUUUCUGUUACGGCAAUCCAUCCUUUUGAAGCGCUUCAUAUCCAGCUUACACUGGUUGUUCCUUUAUUUGCUUUUCCAGUUCAUUGGAUGACUUUUUAUCUUAUUGCCAUAUACAAUUACUAUCAUGGUAUAAUUGACCAUUCAGGUAUAAACUUUAAGUCUUAUUGGUGGCAACCAUGGCAACCGGAUGCUAUCUUCCAUGAUAAUCAUCAUCAAUAUUUUCAUGUUAAUUUUUCUUUUAAUAUUGAAUAUUGGGACAAGUUACACGGAACUUAUAGGAAAAAAGAUCGCGUUUACACAGAAGAAAUUUUUUAUGGAACUGGCAAAUCUAUAAAAGAAGUAUCCGCUGAAGAACUAAAAGCAGAUUUGGAAGAAAGAAAAUCUGAAAACCCUCUGGCUUUCCGUGGAGACAAAUCUUAUUAUGAGUUAUCAGAAAAAGACUUGAACAAAUUUAAUAAACAAUUUUGAUUUCGUUUUUAAAAAUUUUGUAAUAAAUAUUUUUAUUAGACUUUCCUUGGUUUUAAUUUUAAAUUAAACGGCAUAAAAUAAUAUAAUAAUAA